AUGGUCAACAUCGGUAUUGUCGGAAUCGGACUCGUUGGUGCAGAGUUGGUUGCUCAGCUCAAGGCAACCUCCAACAAGCACCUCAAGGUGGUCGCUAUGACUACCUCAAAGAAGAUGGUCUUGUCUGACACCUCCUACGCUCCUUUGACCUACGCCAACGCCCAGGAUCUUGACGCGUUCGCUGCUUACCUCGCCAAGUCCCCCGAGCACGCUGUCAUUGUUGACUGCACUGCCUCGGAUGCCGUAGCCAAGCUCUACCCUUCGUGGUUGCAGUCUGGUGUUUCGGUUGUCACACCCAACAAGAAGGGUUUCUCGGGAGAUCUUUCUCUUUACCGUGCCAUCCAGGCCUCUGCCGCAAACCUCGGUAAGGGUGGAAAGACUCCCCUGGCUUUCCACGAAUCCACUGUCGGUGCUGGCCUGCCUGUUCUUUCCACCCUUGCUGAUCUGGUCAAGACCGGCGACAAGGUUAUCUCGAUUGAGGGUAUCUUUUCCGGAACCUUGAGUUACCUCUUCAACAACUUCUCCUCCUUGUCUUCGACCACAGCCGCCCGUCCUUUCUCUGAGAUCGUCAAGGUCGCCAAGGAACUUGGAUACACCGAGCCUGAUCCCAGAGACGAUCUCAACGGUAUGGAUGUUGCCCGUAAGGUUACUAUCUGUGGUCGUCUUGCUGGUCUUGAUCUCGAUCUUUCUACCCUUGAGAUCCAGAACAUUGUCCCCGAGCCCCUCCAAAAGGUUGCUACUGCUGAAGAGUUUAUGGCCCAGUUGCCCAACUUUGAUGGACAUUUUCAAAAGUUGAAUGAGGAGGCGAAGAAGGAGAACCAGGUCUUGCGUUGUGUUGGUUUGGUUGACAUGAAGGGUGGAAAGAGUGGUGUCAAGUUGAUCAAGUACCCCGCCUCCCAUCCUUUUGCCUCUCUCCAAGGUAGUGACAACAUUAUCAAGUUUACUACCGAGUACUUCCCCAACGGUCUUAUCAUUCAGGGCGCUGGUGCUGGUGCUGCUGUCACUGCCUAUGGCAUCUUCUCUGAUUUGCUCAAGAUCCAGGAACGUGUAGAAGGAUAUUAAAAUAUUUAUUUAUUUAAUUUAUUUAUUUAUACAUACAAAAAAAAUGUAAAUCAAUUUUUUGCUUUUGCUUUUAUUCAUAUUGAACAAUUGAUCCAAGAAAAUAACCAUGCGUAGAG